GAACGAAAAUCCACUGGCAUCCAUCCAUCCACUGGCACAGCCGAACGCGACGCCAGUCCAGCAUUGCCAUGGGGUCGCUUCAGCGAUUGUUUGGCGAAUCGCAUCUGGCAGCGUCCGUGGUCGUCCUUGUAUUCGCUCGAUGCAUCGACCGCGUGCUCUACACCCGCAUUGCGUACGCGUAUGGCCCGUUCCUGUGGUACUUUUCCAACAUCAUCAUGCCCAUUGCGUUUGUCGCGACGUCGUGGCCUGUGGUGUGGUACAAAAUGCUCUUCACCAACGACAUUACUCCUGAAAUGCGUGCCUUCCCGCACCACAAGUAUGCGAUCAUGGGUCUGCUUGACACCUUCUACAACCUCCUGUCGGCGUUGCCCACUCCCCAUCUCGGUGGAAACCUCUCCAACGUCCUGGACCAGCUCAACCUUCCGUUCAAUAUGGUGCUGUCCCUGAUCUUCCUCAACACAAAGUACAAGCGAUGCCACCUCUUGGGGGCAACCCUGGUGCUGUAUGGAGGCUUUGUCAACAUGUUGCCGCUGUUCACGGGCGCCUCCACACUCAACAUGCCCGAUCCGACCAUUGGGUGGAUUCUGCUGUUCAUUUCGUCGCUGCUUCCUGCCGCCGCGUCCAACGUGUACAAGGAAAUUGCCCUCAAGGACGUCAACUUGGACAUUUGGUACUGCAACGCGUGGACCAGUUUGUACCAGGUGUUUCUCGGGCUCUUGACGAUCUGGACCAUUCGCGUGCCUGCGCUGUGCGACCCGCCGAUUGACUGGCAAGACUUUCCCGAGUUUAUCGGGAUUUCCCACCAGUGCUUUCUUGGCUACCCCGUCGAGUUCCAGGGGAAGACGCUUCCGUGCGACGAGGGCGUGUUCGAGCUGUUCAUGUGGUUCAUCUUGUUCAACAUGAUCUUCAGCCAACUGAUGCUGUACAUCUUCAAAGAAGGCAGUUCGGUGCUCUUCGUCGUGUCGUCGGCUGUCUGUCUGCCACUGACAGACAUUCUGUACAUGUUUCCGUUGCUCACUGGCGCCCAAGCGACUCAGACGUUUACCAUCUACGACGGGUUUGCGCUCUUUGUGUUGGUGAUUGGGCUGCUCGUGUAUCACUCCGAGAAGGAGACCCGCGUGAGCAAAGGCGGCAGUCGGUCCGUGGAGAAGUCGCCCAUGCUGACGUCGCCGUCGCUGCAGAGGACGCACCUCAUGCGCAAAUCCAAAGGCAAAGUCGUGUACCACCAGAGCCCGCUGUUCCGAGGUCAAAGCCCCGGUCGCAGCUCGGACGGCCGUCCCCUUCUGCGCUCCAACUCACCUGCCAGACGAAUGUACGGGACGUCGGCAGCCUUGCCGUCGCCACCACGAUCCAUGCGAUCGAAGAAACCAGCCACCAAGGCGAGUACCGACGCUGUCGUUUAAUGGUUUCCUUGCCAACCCUGGAGCUAGUUCGUCCAAGUGUGGUGCUAAAUACAGUAGUACUAGUCAUCAUAGCAACCAUGUAGCAACGAUACGAUGUAAGCUUAGUAUUGUAAUACAAGGCUACUUACGACA